UGCACAGCGCCCAUUGCACGUCGGGAAAAAAACAUGUACGUCGCACCAGAAAAGAAAAAGCGUUGAGUUGUAUCAAGGUGCCGAUUGUAGGCCACCAUUCGGUUGUUUUCGUCGGCGUAUAAUAAUCGUGAGUUGGAUACAAUAGUUGGGGGGAGGGGGGUAAUAAAUAAAAAAAGAUUUACGUAAAUAUUAAUGUGUUGGGAUAAUUAAGUGAAGUGAAAAAAAACGUCCUUCCCUCCUGGGACGCUAGCCAAUUUUACUACACGGGAGCGUCGGAACGAGAGCCGGACUAGUGGACGGUGGAAUCGGAGGCUCUCAUUAAAGUCUCCAUAUUUUUUUUUUGUUAUUAAGGUAUAAAAUGCUCAUCAUUAAUACCGGCAAUAAUCAAAUCAACGAAACAACACUAUUCAUUAUAACAUACAAGUGCGACAAAGAGACGCUCAUCAACAUUUUCCCGCGAAUUCAACGUCCAUUCCAACCCUGCAGCUGGUAGUAGUUAUGUCGUCGCGGCGGGAGAACAACAACCAAAGUUGAUUAAGUAAAUAUUCGUUCAUCUCUAUGGUAUAGUAAUAGUUUCUUUUAAUAUAAACAAAUAAAGUUUUUAAUAAAUUGUUCAUUUUGAUCAGUUUAAAAAACCUGUAUUAAUAAUUAGUAAAGAUGUGUGAUCAAACAGAAAUUACUUACGACGACGGUGAAGUCGUCUGGGUUAAAUUAGGAGCUUGUUGGUGGCCUGGACAAGUGGUAGGUUUUGAAAAUCUUCCUGAAGAUAUUCAGCUUGAAUUUAAAAAGAAACCUUUAAUUGCUGUUGUCCAAUUCUUUCAAGAAGAUAAAUACGAAUAUGUAAAGAAUCUUCAACAGAUAUACAAGUACAAUUGUACUCAGAAAGAUGAUUUUAUUAAAAAAGGCUUAGAUAAAUAUCGAACUAAGAGUAAAGAUGGUUCGAGUUAUAUGGAUAAGUUUCCAGACGAUGUGGUGAUGGCGGAGAAGCUAACAGGUGGUGAUGUAAAGAUCCUGAAGGAUAGAAAAUUUAGUCCUGAAGAGAAACCAGAUAUUUCAUCGCUAUUUGGUGAGAAAAAAGUACCUAAAAAGCGACGUGAUAAAGACGACAAAAAUUAUCGACGCUCUCUAAAUUCAGAAAGUAGUCGAAAAAUGAUGCCUUCAAGAUAUUCAAAAUCUCAUGAUCAUGAAAUACGAAUUCGUCAUCAAUCUAACAGUCAACCAACAACACCAAGUACACCAUCAGGUGCUUUAUACUCGUGCCCACUCUGUAGUUUUACAUCAACGCGAGUUAAUGUAAUUAUUUAUCAUAACAAAAGUCACAGAUCUGAUGGAUGGGAUAGUCCUCGAACAUUUUUACCUAAAAGUCGAUCGUCAUUGAAUUCACUAGAGUCACCGAAGAGAAAAUAUGUUAGAAAGAAUAAGAGCUUUUCUCAUCGUAGUUCUAGUGAUAGAGCAAGUGAAUCAGUGAAAAGAAAACCAACUAAACCACUUGAAAAAAUGACUAAAAAGAAGAAAUCAGAUCCUGAAUUGAGAGAAAAGCUUUUAGCUGAUUGGGAUGAUGUUUCUGAUGAAGAUAUGAGUCAAGGUACGACAUUAAAUACAUCUGUAGAAUCGACAGCACCUGAAAGUCCUCCAAGAGUUUCUAAAAAGGACGAUGAUGAUGUCGAAAAAGAUGAAACUGCUAAUAAAAGUGAUGAUGCUGAUGUUGUUCUUUGUGAGACUGAAAAGCUUUUAGAAGAAACUGAUAAGAUAUCCAGUCAAAUUGAUGAUUCUCUGUCCAAGGAGAAAGUUAUUGAACAAAAUUCAUUAUUGAAAACUACUAUUGAUGAUGAUAAAAAUGAUCAGAGUGGUAAAAGUAAACUUUUAGGUUUGAAAAAAUUUAAGAAAAUCAAUUCUGAUGAAGAAAGAAGAAAUUCUGAUAAUGAUAAAGAUGAUAAAUCGAAAUUUUCAUGCUUCGAUUUUGAUGAAGAAGAGCCAGAACCUGCGUUACCACCUGUAAGAAAAAUAGCGCGAGUUUUUGGUGAAAAAAAUACAUCUUUAAAGAAGGAAAUUAUCAAAGAAUUUACAAUGAGUCAAGCAUUAGCAAAUGAAAAAGACGAAGAGGAAAAAUUAAAGAAGAACAAUGAGAAAAAAGUUGUUGAAGAUGAUAAACUUGUUGAUGAAAUAAAUAAAACAGUAUCAGAAGCGAGUGAUUUAGUAGCUAAAAUAGCAUCUGAAGUGCAAGAAGCGAAUUUAAGUAAAGCUAAAACUGAGGAGACUGAAACAGAGUUGGAGAUAGUCGAAAUAUUAGAAGUGGAGAAAGAAAAAGAUGAAGAAGAGACGGAAAAACAAGAAGAAAAAGUGACUAAAAAUGUACCGAAAAUUGAUCAAUUAAGUUUAGACAAUCACGAAGGCGUAAAAAAAGUGGAAAAGUCUUCUAAAGAAAUGAAAAAAUCAAAAUCAAUUACUGAAAAGAAAGUAAUUGUAUCUAGAAUCCCUGAACUAGACUCAGAAAGAGUGACUAUUGAGGAAGAAGAUGAUAAUAUGCCAAUUUCUCAGAUCUCAGCUGGAUCAGCUGGUUCUGAUGGCUCUCUAAGAUCAAUGGGUUGGUCACAAUUAAAUGAAAUAAUUGGUGCAGCGCCAGGAGUUGGUGAAAAAGUUGAAGAAAAAAUAACACAACCAACAAAAAAGCGUAGAGGAAGACCGAGAAAAGUACCAUUGCUUCUAGACGUGUCUGGGAAUGGAGACUCACCGAGUAAGACUGAAGAAAGUAUGCCUGGGACACCUGAUAGUCAAGAUACUGGAAGAAAAACAUCAGAAUCAGAUACCGAAAGAUCUUUUACUGGAAGAAGACGAAAACCGAAUAAGAAAUAUUUAGAAUCGGAUAUUUAUAGCACCAGUCCUGGUCGAAGAACACCAAAAACUGAUGAUAGUCAGUCUGAGACUGAAGAAAAGACACCUAAAGAACCGAAAAAAGGUAGAAGAGGUAGAAAACCUGGUUGGAAAAAAGAAAGAACUGAAAGUUUAAGAACUUCAGUUGAUGAAUUUGAAUUUUCUGAUCAAACUCUUGAUAGUGCUGAAGAAUCAGCUAAUACUUCUGUUCAGCGAACCAAAUCACCUGUCAAAAAAAUUGAUUCUAAACCAUCUCCAGUUCAUGUGACUGAUUUAUUAACUUCUAGUGAUGUUGAAAUACGCGGAAUUUUGCAGACUGAAAGUUUAGAUGAUGAUAAGCAAAGCAAAAUUGAACAAGUAGUGGUAAAUGAUAGAAAAAAUGAAGAAGAAGAUAAGAAGAAAGCAGAGGUUAAAAUUGAAAUGUUACCACCUAAGAAAUCGCAGAUAAAAAAGUUUGAAGCAUCACAAGCUGAUUUUAGUGAAGAAAAUAAUAAAAUCCAGGAUGAUGUUUGUAUUGAAAAGGUGCAAUUUGAAUCAACGAGUAUGGAAAUUGAUCAAAAGAAAGUUCCUGAUGAAGUUCCAAGUGUUGAUAAAAGUCAAGAUGACAAUGUUGUUACCGUAAUACAAAUUGAUGGUACGGCAAUAGCUGUCAAUGCUAGUGUUGAUGUAGUUCAAGAGAACAUAGAAACUAUUUUAGCCGAUGAGAUGGUAGAUCAAGAGAAAAAUAAGCCUAAAAUAUCAAAAACACCAGACGAGGUGAACUUUGUGGCUGAAAAAGCAACAGAAAAGUCUGAAGUUGACGAUAAACUGGAUACAAAUUUCGAAAGAAAUAAAGAAAAAUUGUUACAAGAGUUAGAAGGAACUCCAGAAAUGCCAAAGAUUGAAGAGAAAGUAAAAGAAGAACAAAAUGCUGUUGGUUGUGUUAUAACUACUGAAACCAUAGAAGUGGUUGUUAAAGACAAACCAAUUGAAACUCCAACAUCAAAACCAGAAGUGCUAGAACCUAGUCAGGAGUCAAAAAUCGAUAGAAUUUCUGAAUUACCAUCACCAGCACCAACACCAUCACUAUCAUCAGAAGUUUCAAUGCCUGUGAAGAAGCGUGAGAAACCUCGAAUCAUUGAAAAUGUUCAACUAAAAGAACCAAUGCAUAUUUUAAAAUCAAAAUUACUAGAAAAGCAGCCUUUUAGAGCUAACAAGCAUAAACUCGAUGACUCUUCAAAACGAAAUAUUCUUCAGGGUAUUCCAAAGGCAAAGAUAAUGAAGAUAGAUAGUGAUCUUAGUAGUCCAAGUCCACCACAGAUGAUAAUGACUCCGAAAUUGCAGGUUAUAAAAACUGAAGAGCUUGGAAAUGAAAAAAUAGUGACAGCAAUUGGAGUUGAAGAAGGUGAAAAGGUGAUUCAACAAACAUCGCAGAGUUUAGCAGAUAUGGAGUUGGAUAUUGAUUCAAUCCCAUUUGUUUUAAGUGAAGAUUUAAAUCCAGAAACUGUUGAACAAAUGCCAGUGGUGAUUUCACCAAUGAUUCCUGCUUCUACAGCCAUUCCUACACCAAUAGCCAUCAGUUCAGCGUCUCAAACUAGUAGCAAUCAGAUAAUAACAACUCUACCAACAUCAGAACCUGAAACAAUUACGAUAGAUUCUAGUCCAAAGAAGAAAUCACCAGCAAUAUUAAAAAGUAAAGUAAAAGCAAAGCCAACAAUAACAUCAAUUCGAACAUUGCAUCCACCAUUAACUGGUGGUGUUAAAGGUUUAAAGUUUCAAAAUCAAGCUGGAAAAGUACCAAUGAAAGGUUCUCCUGGUAAAUUUGUUAUUGUUCAGACAUCAGGAAAUCAGCAAAUGAGAUAUAAAGUCCAAGGUGCUCAGAAACUACCUCUUCCUGCUGGAAAAACAACAGCAAAUGCUCAGAUUGUUUCACAAGGAGGUAAAGUUGUUAUAUUAACAUCACCACAGUCUGGACAAACUAAAAUGGUACCGCUAGCUAACCUUUCUAAAGGUAAAGUUCAGAAAAUAGUAACUAAACCAGGUACAACUUUUUCACCAGUAUCAAAAGCACCUGGAAUAGCACCAAAAACUGAUGAAAGUUCACCAACAACAUCAAAAAUCACUCCAGGAACAAAGUUACUCAGUCCUAAAGGAGUUUUAUCGCCAGUUAGUGCUGGUGGAAAAACAGUAAUUGGUAAUAUUCCAUCUGGAAUCAUUAAAGGUGGUGUUUAUACAUCUCUAUCAACUGCUGGAAAAACAAUUAUUGGUUCUAAGACCCUAGUAACAAAUAAAGGAACCCUUUUGUCAUCACUUUCAGGUCAAGGUUAUACUAAAACUAUUGUUCCGUCACUUUCACCUGCUAAUAUUACUAGCAAGACAAUUAUUACGUCUGCAGGGUUGGUGCCAGGUAAAGGUACAGUUCUAACACCAAUAACUGGUCAACAAGUGAAGGCAAUAGCUGCUAAGAAUCCUGUAAAAACGACAAAAAUUCAAUACCAAGCGAUACAGCAGAAAGUACCACUUCCGAUGGUUCAGAAGAUUCAAAAGUCACAAAUUUCAACAGGAUCUCCUGUAAAAAAUGUUAAAUCAUCAACACAGACUAUUGUUUUUCAGAAUGCACUUCAAACGACACCUUUGAAAGCACCACCAGGUAAGAAAAUUGUACGGCAACAUACUUUAGUAGCAUCACCAACAAAAGUAGCUCCAGGACUUCAACAGAGUCCUAGUGGUGUUUCACUUCAGAUGCUAGGAAAAUCAAAAAGUGCUCCACCCUCCGUGCAAAAGGUACAGACUCCUCGUGGAAGAAGUGCUAAAGCUAAGAAUAUUGUAGUUCAAACGAUCCAAGACACACCACCGAAUCCAUUGAAGGCUUCUCAGUUAAUUAUCAAUCAACAAAAAACUGUUCUUCAUCAACAAAAGCAGAUUUCAUCAGCAGAAACGAUAACGAAAAUUACCAAAGGUCAAACUUUAGUUAAAGAUAUUCAACAAAAGAUUUUAGUGGUGCCUAGUGAUACUAAAGACUCUAACUUGGAUGGUUCAUCAACAUCAACGAUAGAAUCUGAUGUCCAGAUGUUAGAGAAAACUCUAGAUAAUUCAAGUGAUCAAAUCCCACCAACGGAAGGAACAUCAACGUCUGAAGUAGUAAAUGAAGAACAGAAAGUUGAAGAAAGUAAACCACCAACUCAAAUAAUGGCUUUACCAACAGAGUCUAGUGAUGGAACACAGACUUACGUGUUGGUGACUGUUGAUGAAAAUGGUCAUAUUCAACCACUAGACAAUAAUGCAUUACUUUCACUAGAAGGAACUACUCAGAAUCCUGAUGGAACUCGAACUCUUUACAUAGAUCCGAGCUCUUUAGGAGAAUCAGCUGGUCUAGAGAAUAUAGUGCUUCAGUUUGACAAUGGAUCUCUUUCUAAUCUUCAAGCGAAUCCUAGUGAACCAAGUCAACCAAUCACAAGUGAUAGUUUUCCCAGUUCUGAUAUCAUCCAGACUUCAAAUCAAGACAUCUUAGCUGCUGCUUUGGCAAACACUGAUUUCCAGCAGGAAAUUGGAUUACCAGAAAACCCAACUACGAGUGUAAUGACCACAGGGUUAACUCAGACUAGUCUGAUAAACCAGACGAUUCUUCAGUCCACAAUAAUUCCAACCUCUGAGCCAAUUUCAUCACCGUCUGUGUUGGAAACGUCUUUAACCCUUAAUCAACCUAUCAUGACGCCACUAGAGGUUCCUAGUAAUUUACCAAUCCAAGCAGAAACACCAUCGACCAUAACUAAUCCACCUACAAGUUUAGAACUGCCUAUUACCAUUACCAAUCCUAACAUAUCCUACAUCGCGACUGAAAGAGACAUUCGAAUUCCAGAAAAUUCAAUGCCAGAGCUUGGAGACAUCAUGGAAACACCUAGCCGAGUGGAAAUAACAUCAGAACUACCAAUAAAUACUACUCAAUACCUAGUGAUAUCUAAUCUUGAGGAAAAUCAAAUUCAAGAAGAAACAACGCCAUCAACAUCUUACGCUGUUUCUAUCCCCGAAUGUAUUUCUUCAGAUUCAUCACAACCACAAACCAACCCCUCAAUGCCAAUCAUUGAUGAUAAUUACUCUGAAGAGACCACCGAGCAGAUCUUCAAUCAGGAGACACUUGAGUCCAAGCCAAGUGAUGAGAGUUUAAUACAAGAUUCAACUGAUAAAGAAGAACUCAAAGAAAGUUUAGUUGACGAUCUUGAUAAGGAAAGUGUUCGUGGUAUGCCAAUGGUGGAAAUUGAAGAGAAAAAUGAAGACAACACUGAUAAUCAAGUAAAAGAAAGUAUGGAGAUUGAUAAGUUAACUGACACUCAAGCCUGUGAAUCAACAGAAACAUUGUCAAAAGUUCAGUCAUCAGUUUUUGAGAGCUGUGAGACGCAAACGCAGGAGAUUGCAGCGUUAGAAGAUGUUGAAAAAAUUCAAGAAGUUGAAGAAUCAUCAAUGAAAUCUGAUGAAUUAAAGUCUAGUACUGAAGAAGAUGUUGGCAUACCAACACCAGUAGUAGUUCCAAUAGAAGUUGAUGAACCUGGUGUUGUAUCUGAUGAAUUAGAAGCAGCAGAAUCAUCAUCUCCAAGUGAAAUAACACAAGAGAUUGUUUCGGAAAUGAGUCAAGAAGUUCCAUCUCAAUCUUACGGUCAAUUUGAAGCUUCAGUCAGCGGAGAUUCAACAGAAAUACCAUCGCAAUCAGCUUCAAAAGGUGAAAGUUCUAGAGAACCAUCACAAUCGAUAGAGUUUCAAUUGGAAGCAAUGGACCAGACUGAAUCUAGUGAGCCACCAACGCAAUCAUUUAAUGAUUCUCAAGCUAACGAAGCCACGCAGUCUGAGAAUACAGACACUCCAACGCAAUCAUCAAUAGAAAGAGUCCAAGAUGAUAAUGUCGAUGAUCCAAAUUUCCCAACCCAGAGUUAUGAAGUGGAAAAAGUAGAGAAUGUACUGGAGACGAUGGAAACUGAUCCGGAAAUUAGUCAGGAAGGUAAUAUUCCUUCACAGUCCAAUGAUGUUGGUGUUGAUGGAAUUGGAACGUCAUCAUUUUCAUCAAAUAAUUCAGGAUUAAAUGAAGAUGAGACUGCCAGUUCGUCUUACGUACCAGAAACUCCACCGGACAAUCAAGAACGGGAUCAGGACCAAGAGAGUGCCAUCAGCACAUCCUCAUAUGAAAUUCCUACAUGCGAAGAAAUUAAUAUUGCUUCUUCUAGUAUUCCUGACACGUCUGUUAGAGUGGAGCACGUCAGUAUUCAUGAUAACGGCGUACCAGAAAUUCCUACAUCGUCUUAUAGCUUGAAUCCUGAUAGUAGUUCUACUCAUGUCGAUGCUGUACCCACUUCUAGCUAUGAUGAUCAAGUGAUUGUUGAACAAAAUGUGUCCACGUCUUAUGAGGUACCGAUAUCUAUGCCUGGACUGGAGGAAAACUCGGCGCAGAAUUUUGUCAGUGAGAGCAGCGAUCAAAGAGAUGAGCCUACGAGCUAUUAUGCAAGACAUACUGAGGACGUAACAUCAGAAGCAAGUCAAAGCUAUUUCAUCCCAGAAGGUCCAAGUCCAAGUUACACCACCCAAACAGCAUCUCCAAGCUACUACGAGCCACCACGUGAAAGUGAAGCAAGUCAAAGUUUUUAUUCUCACGAAGUAGAAAGAUCUGAACAAUCACGCAAUGUUGAGGCAUCACAAAGUUUUUAUCAAGAGGCAACGACAGAUGGAUUGAGACUACGACAACAAGGUGAAGCGACACCAACAUAUACUGAAAGAUAUCCAGUUGAUUACACUCUUGAAAAUUCACCAAUGGAAAGGCACGAUUUGGUCGAAAGUUCAGUGCCAGCAACACGUCCUACCGAAAGGUAAUAUAACGCGGAAAAAUGAUGGUAUUUUCCUUAAAUAAUUAUUAACUAUCAAUACUAUCGACAUUAAAAGUGUAAAUAACCAGGGUUUAACGUGACAAAAAUAACAGCACAGAGCAUAAAAACGAGAAAUAAAAUUUAAAAAUCAUCAAAAACUCUAAAUUCACCAUCUUCAGAUUUUUAGCAUUAAGUCAUAGAUUCAUAUAAUUUAUAUCUUUAUUAAUAAAAAAAAAACAAAAUAUAUAAAUAAAUAUUAUAAAUAAAGAAAUUAAAAAAAAAAAUUCAAGUUAUUUUGAUUUGAACGCAAAUGUUAAUUGUACGAAAGAUAUGUUUUUUAAGGUCGAAUUGAUUAAUUUUCAUUGUAAAAUUUUUAAUAAAAUAGAAUAAUAAAAAGUAAGCAGACGAGUGAUGGAGUCAAGUUGAUAGAAUAAAACUAUGUAGAAAAAAA